UGCCGCCGCAGCAUCUUUUACUGCUACCUUCUUUUUCAAGCAUUGAUUCCAUAUUCUCGGUUUCUGGCUCGUGACAGUUCCUUCAAUCCUGUGGCCUGUCUUCAUUGUGAGCACCUCUGUGUCUUCCCUCUCGCCUUGUAUAUCUCUCCCUCUCUCUUUCUCUCGCGGUGCUCGCGAACUUUCUCUUCUCUCUUAGUUCUCUGCCCUCCUCCCGCCUUUUACGUUUGCAAUUCUACAGUUGACACUUGUACUACAGAUUUGGAGCUCAUGUGCGAUUCUACAACUUUGAUAGCAAUUCUCAAGGUGUCCUAUGUCAAGUGCAACAACAAUUCAAGAGCGGCUUUGAGUUUGAAGUAACUUCAAGAGGAAAUAUCAGCGGUCCAAGACGCAGGUCAACAGUCGGUGGCAUGAAGGAGUACAUCGGGAAGCCUCUGCACGCUCAGCUUUGUGACGCAAAUAUCAUCAUAAUUGAGGCUUAGUAUCAUCCUUCACCGGAAGUUGCUGCUAGCUGCGGGGAACCCGUGAAGCCUCCGCGAUCGAGUCUCUACGCAUCAAGUCUCAAGGUCGACAAACGGAGAGCCACGAGAGGAGUCAUGGACCCUUCCAUUCGGGGAUGUCACAGCCGCCUCCACUUGUAGCAUCACGCCCCCGUCACGCUGUCCCGAAAACGAUCCAAUUCGGCAGCCGAGCUCCAUGUCUGAGAUUUGACGCUUCCACGGUCGCCCCUCUGAUCUAUACCACGCUACCACAACUCUCCUAACAUUUUCUUAAAGCCUUGAUCAGCAGCUCCAAGUCCAACUCAGGAAACAAAUCAGUCUUCGAAUCCUUCUCGGGAGCUCAGUCGAAUCAUGGCAGAUACUAGUGUUCAGGGGCCGCAAGACACGGAUCAAAGCCAACAAGGAGAGCCAUUCUUGCCUCCUGGCUUUCGGUUUCACCCCACCGACGAAGAGUUGGUCAGCUAUUAUCUAACCAAGAAGGUACUCGACAGCAGAUUCACUGUUCACGCCAUUGCGGAAGUGGAUCUCAACAAAUGCGAACCUUGGGACCUUCCUGUGAAAGCCAAGAUGGGGGAGAAGGAAUGGUACUUUUUCAGCUUGCGUGACCGCAAAUAUCCGACAGGUAUGCGCACUAAUCGAGCCACAGAUGCAGGCUACUGGAAAGCAACUGGAAAAGACCGAGAUGUGUUUGCGCAUGGGCGGUCUCAUCUGGUAGGCAUGAAGAAGACUUUGGUCUUUUACCGGGGCCGCGCGCCCAAGGGGGAGAAGACCAACUGGAUCAUGCACGAGUACCGGCUGGAGGGCGAUGGCGGACAUUCUCUACCUCCUCGUGUAAACAAGGAUGAAUGGGUGGUGUGUCGCAUUUUUCAGAAGAGUUCUGGAGCAAAGCGUAGUUUUCUGUUCUCGGAUUCACGUAUGCGUCAGGCCAUUGUGUACCAGCUUGAGGAUGUGAGGUCGUCUUUGCCACCGGAUAUGGACAACAAUUCGCCAAACCCAACUGUCACCGAUGGCGGGACUUGCACUGAUUGCGAAACGUGUGCGGGCACGGAGCAGAUGUCUGCUUGCUACAACUGCGUUCACGACUUUGAUCACGACAAGGACACCAACGGCGUCAUGUCAUGGAUUAAUACGCAACCUGCUGGAAUGGACAUCCUGCAACAAGUAGGAGGUUUGAACAAUCUCAAUAACUUGCUCUCAAAGCCGUACCCUAUGUACGAUGCUUCCUACGAGAAGGGCAUGAACCUGCCGAGGCAGCUAGGGUUUACCCCACAGGUGCUGAUGCAACCCGCCAACAUGACAACGCCUACGGGGUUACGAGUGGCGAGCCUGCGGCCGAAGACAGAGCCAUCGUCCUUUAGUGAGGGCGAAGACGAAGCACAGAGCAUACCCGAGGGGUAUGAAUAUGGCGCCUGGCAAACUGAGAAAGCCGAGGCUUCUCUCUACAACAAUGAUGGUACAGGAGAUGACUCGUCAUCGCCAUUGCAAAGUUCCACCGGAGGCACCGAGUUGUCCUGUUUGACUGGAAGCCUGUGCAGUGGCGAGAACGGGAGCUACAAGUACCGACUUCCGGACAUCACCGCGCCUGUCGAUGCAGGCUUCGGCCACGAAAUCUUAACCUGGGCUUACUGACUCGGAAUGUCUAGGAUUUCAGUAGUGCAUCCAUUGCAUUCUACGCAAGGGUUAGGGUUCGGGUGCGAAACAAAUCGAGAAGGAUCACUCUCGAACUGUAAAGAAAGAAAAAAGGUGAUCCUCCACGCACUCAGUCCUGCUCUGUAGCAUCGAGAUGACAUGGUGCAUUUCCCAUUACACACCCAGCUGUGUGGACCAUCUAUAUUGUACAUUAUCUGCGGUACGAGUUUGGGGAUUGAUAUGGAGCUCGAUAAUGGUGGCGCGUGACCCUGUUUCGACGUUGCGGACUGUGAGAUGGCCUUCAGCUCAGUCACUGACCGAUUGCAAGAGGGAUCUCUCUCCCGCAAUCCGCUUCUUUACAUUUGUACAUACUGCUGUAAUUUAAGGUGUAUUUUUUGGAAGAAAAAACAUCAUAUACAUAUGUAAUUCUUUUCCUCUCAGCGAUUACACAUUUUAAGUGCACGGGGGGGCUUUAGCGGCAAGAGCACUACGUACAGAAACGGGGCCCAGUGUAUGCCGCUAAUGGCCAGACUUCAUGAUAAUUCAGGAUUGUAAUUUAGGCAGGUAUUAUGAGGACAGGCGGAGUGCACAAGUCGGAUUGACAUAUUUUGGCAUUGCUUUCAUUGGAUAUCAACAAAAAUUUGAUUGGUAAAGUUAUUGCCCGUGGUUUAGACGCAGGAUUUCUACA